AUGAAGAUCACCCGUUGGGUUUUUGCGGCUCUGCUUGCCGUUGCCGUGAUCGGCGCCGGCACAUUGUAUGCCCGAUAUCAGGCCGCCCUGGUCGAGGCGCAGCAGCGGCUCGCCGCCUUUGCCGUCGAGCAGGUCCAAACGCGCAGCGGACCACUCGCCUAUGCGGAGGCCGGCGACGGUCCGCCCGUCCUGAUGAUCCAUGGUUCGGGCGGCGGCUACGAUCAGGGAUUGUCCAUGGCCGGGCCGCUCGCCGAGCGCGGUUACAAGAUCAUAUCGCCGUCGCGCUUCGGCUAUCCCGGGUCGCCCGCGCCGGAGGACCGGUCCGCCAAUGCGCAGGCCGACGUUUUCGUCGAUCUUCUCGAUGCGCUGGGUCUCGACCAGGUCGCCGUCAUUGGCGGAUCGGCUGGCGCGCGCUCCGCAUUGGCCUUCGCGAUCCGCCAUCCCGAGCGCUGCGCCGCACUCAUCCUGAUCGUACCCGCCCUCGACGUUCCCGGUUUCCCGCCGGUCGAACCUUGGUCGCCAUUGCAGGAGCGCCUCGUCAAGGCGGCGCUCCGUUCCGACUUUCUGUUCUGGCUGGCGAUCGAAUUCAUGCCGGACCGGAUGACCCGCCUGGUCCUGGCGACCGACCCGGCGCUGGUUGCGGCCGCCGGGCCGGCCGAGCAGGCCCGCGUGGCGCGCAUAAGGCGCAGCAUCCUGCCGGUAAGCGCACGCGCCGAAGGGCUGUGGGCGGACACGGUCGGCGGCUAUGGCGAUCUCGACGUCCGCCGCAUUGCCGUUCCGACGCUGGCGAUCUCGGCGGAGGAUGAUUUCUUCGACACCGCCACGAGCGCGCGGCACAUCGCAGCGAUGGUCGACGGCGCCGAACUGAUCGUCUAUCCCGAUGGCGGACACAUCUGGAUCGACCGCGGCGAGGAGAUGUUCGAUACGAUCGCCGCCUUCAUUGACCGCAUCGCCGGCAACCCGACAAACGGCCAAUAG